AUGAAGGUUAUAACACCAGAAAUAUCUUGGCAUGAAAGAGAGCCUAUAUAUAGUGUAGAUUUUCAAGGUGGUAAUCACAGUAUUAUAAGAUUAGCCACUGGUGGUGUAGAUAAGACAGUGAGAAUAUGGAGUGUUAAAGUGGACAAUGAAGGAAAAGGUGAAAUAGAAUUUCUAAGUAAUUUAAGAAGACAUACAAGAGCAGUAAAUUGUUGUCGGUUUUCUCCUAAUGGUGAAAUGUUAGCAACUGCGGGAGAUGAUGGUGUAAUUAUAUUGUGGAAAUUAAGUGAUACACCAACACCUUCUAAUAAUAUAUUUCAAGAAGAAGAUGCUGAUAAUAAGGAAACUUGGGUGACACACAAAAUGCUCAGAGGUCAUAUAGAAGAUGUAUAUGAUUUAUCAUGGUCUGCUGAUGGCAAGUAUUUGGUAUCUGGUUCUGUUGAUAAUAGUGCUAUAGUCUGGGAUAUGACUAAAGAAACAAAGUUAGCCAUAUUUAAUGAACAUAAAAGUUUAGUACAAGGUGUUGCCAUGGAUCCAUUAAAUGAUCUAGUUGCUACAUUGAGCACAGAUAGGUCUUGUAGAAUUUAUAAUAUAAACAGUAAAAAUUGUAUCCACAAUAUAUUUAAAAUGGUGGCACCCAAUACUCCUAAACCAAGUGAUGGUGAAAAUAAAGACAACAAACCCAAAUCUUUCCGGAUCUUUCAUGAUGAUACCAUGAGAUCAUUUUUCAGACGUUUGACCUUUACUCCAGAUGGAUCUUUAUUAAUAACACCAGCGGGAUGUGUAGAACGUGGUGAAAAACUAAUCAACGCUACUCAUAUAUUUACUAGAACUUCCUUUAACAAACCAGCCGUGUAUCUACCUAGUGUUGAGAAAGCUACAAUAGCUGUUAGAGUCUGUCCUACAUUAUUUCAACUACGCAAAAUUGGUUUUAAGCCUGUAGAAGGUAUGUUUUUGAGAGAGUUGCCUCCCAUUACAUAUUUACCAUACAGAAUGGUAUUUGCUGUGGCAACAGAAGAUUCUGUUCUAUUAUAUGACACACAGCAAACUACUCCUAUAGCUUAUAUUGGUAAUAUUCAUUAUCAUCAACUCAGUGAUUUAACUUGGUCUAGCAGUGGAGAAAUGUUGGUAGUGUCCUCAACUGAUGGAUUUUGUAGUAUUGUUACAUUUAAAACUGGGGAACUUGGACAGAUCUAUGUUAAAGAGACUGAAAAAACAAUAGAAGACUCGAUAGAAAAAAUUCCUAUAAAAGAAUCUAUAGAAAAAGAAAAGGUCUGCAAAGUGUCUUCUAUCAAAUAUGUUUUUUAUUUUAAAUCUAGUGAUUUUGGAAGUUUUUACUAG